GGGAGAGCGGGGUCCGCGCUCGGAGCUGCCCCAGCCCGUCUCUCCCGGAGCUCGGCGGCCGCGGGCGGGCGGGGACGGGGCAGAGCCGUCCCGGGGGGGGGCUCCCGGCCCCCCGCGCCUCGCUGCGCCGCCCCGUGACAUGCGGCUCCGAGCUGCCGCCGCCCCCAGGCAGAGCCACCCGGCGGCCGCCCAGCAGCGCCCCGCGCCGGUCCCGCUGCCCGCGGAGCGGAGCCGCCUCGGCGGCGCGGACCCGUCGCUGGCCAGCGGGGCUCCCCUGCCCGCCGCCCGCCAUGGAGGGGGCGCCUGGAGCCGGCGAGCUGGGGGCUCGGGGCCGAGCUCGCCUCUGAGCCGGCUCGGGGGCAGCCCGUGACUCGCCUCGGCUCCCGCCUGUCGCCGGGCCCGGGCUCCAGCCUCCCUCCGCCCCGCGCCCCGCGAUGGAGCCGCCGCCUUGCUCCAGGAAGAGCCUGUCGCUGUCCCUGCCCGUGCCCCGGGAGGGCCCGGCCACCCUCCGCCCCCCGCAGCACCUGUGGCGGCAGCCCCGGACCCCCAUCAAGAUCAAGCACCGGGGCUACUCGGAUACGGAGCGGCCCGCGGCCCGGCACAUCGAGCGGGCGGACGCCGUGGACACCAGCGACCGGCCGGGGCUGAAGAAAUCCCGCAUGUCCUGGCCCUCGUCCUUCCACGGGACCCCCAGCCACGGCGCCAGCAAGCGGUAG